AUGGAGCUAGGAGCCCAUUACGCCGGCCGAAACUUCCCAAAGCGGCGGACUCGUCUGCAUGGAGAAUCUAGAGCAGGUGAACGAGCUCAUUCUGCCGUACGAGCAGAGCUUCUGGGCGGAGAGGAGACCGUCCGUCUCCUGGGCCUGGCCCGACUGUUGACGUUGAAGGGAGAGGAGGAGGAGGAGAAGACCGAGACCAAAUCCGAGGUGGAGGAUCUUCUGCCUCCUCACCAGGACUCGGAGGAGGCCGUGUAC